CUGAAACCUGAAAACGCCUCCUCGCACUCUUUUAAACCCUCCUAUCGCCGUCUCUUCUCUCAGUCCCCUUCUCUCUCGCUCUGCUCUGAAGAACACCGAACAGUCUCAGAUUCUCAAUCUCUGUCAGCCUCUCAUUCACGCAUCAACUAGCAAUUAAUGGCUUUACCGAAUCAGGCGACCGUCGAUUACCCGAGCUUCAAACUCGUCAUCGUCGGUGAUGGAGGCACUGGAAAGACAACUUUUGUCAAGAGACAUCUCACUGGAGAGUUUGAAAAGAAAUAUGAACCCACUAUUGGCGUGGAGGUUCAUCCAUUGGAUUUCUUCACUAACUGUGGGAAAAUCCGGUUUUACUGCUGGGACACUGCUGGACAGGAGAAAUUUGGUGGUCUUAGAGAUGGAUAUUACAUCCAUGGUCAAUGUGCCAUCAUCAUGUUUGAUGUCACUGCCCGUUUGACAUACAAGAAUGUUCCUACAUGGCACCGAGAUCUGUGCCGCGUGUGUGAAAACAUUCCCAUUGUUCUCUGUGGAAACAAGGUUGAUGUGAAGAACAGGCAAGUGAAGGCAAAGCAGGUUACCUUCCAUAGGAAGAAGAAUCUCCAGUACUAUGAGAUAUCAGCCAAGAGCAACUACAAUUUUGAGAAGCCUUUCUUGUACCUUGCACGAAAACUUGCAGGGGACCCUAACCUUCACUUUGUGGAAUCUCCUGCACUUGCUCCGCCAGAAGUACAGAUUGACCUGGCUGCACAGCAACAGCACGAAGCUGAGCUUGCUGCAGCAGCCAGUCAGCCUCUUCCCGAUGAUGAUGAUGAUGCAUUUGAGUAGAGGCUGGAGACUUUAUAAAACAUCAAGGAGUUCAAGUUCAACCUUUGAGCUUAUGUUUCCAUUUAAUAUGCACUAUAAAUUUCGACAUGUGGGAGGUUUUUGGUUUGGAUAGGGGUGAGAAAUGUCGACCGUGAUAGUUUUAGGUUUUUGGGUGUUUUCCUUUUUUUUGGGUGUUACUUUGUGGUAUUCAAUCUGGUGUACUUUCAAUCAACAAAAUAUUUUAGUUUUAUAAACUUGAACUAGCGAGUUACUUUGUGGAUGGAAAA